AUUUUGUGCAGCAACACUCGGCAUCCGGCCUGUGCUUGCAUGUAAAAGGGCGUGAGGCGUCCGGCCGGGUGCAGUGCAGUGCAGACUAGCACCUUCUGGAGACUUCUCUUGAUAAAAGCAUCUGUUGUAGGAAGAUGAUCUUGGCAGUCGCCCUCUGCUUGGCGGCGGCUGCGGCGUCCAUUCAGCCCGCUUGCGGCGCCGAGGAGUACCGAGUGGCCAGAGUCAUCCGACAGAUCAAUCAGGGAAACCGAGGAAGCUUCUCGAGUGCGUCGAGCGGUUUCCAGAGCGGAGGCGGAGCCGGAGGCUGCAUCUGCGCGCCGAUCAUCUUCUGCGCUCAGGAACUCCGUCAGAUUCAGCAGCAGUGCACUCUGCCUGGCAACAUCCCUGGCGUCUGCUGCCCUCCCUCGACGCUCGCAGCGUCAGCGUCGGCGCCUGGCACGGGCGACAACAACGUGUUCGCGUCGGCAAGAGUCCAGGUAAACCUGCAGCCACUCGAUAACAGUGCCCUCGGCCAGGCCUUCAACAAGGGCAUCGCCGACCUCACGAACCUGCAGCAGAUAGAAGAGAGGCUUUUCAGGAACAACAUCUUCCUGCAGCGCGGCACCCCCGCCUACGCCCACCUGCGCGUGUUCACCAUCAGCCCCCCGGCCAAACGGAGGCAUCUGAACGCCUUCGCUGUCGCCAUGGCGUCCGUUCACAUCAUGCAAGACCUGUCCCUCACGAGACAACAGGGCGGCUUCGGACUCCAGCAAAUAGACGUGAGAAAUACUAUCCUGAGCGACCGCUGCCCCUCCGUCCCGAGCUGCAACCUCAGAAACAAGUACCGCACAGCCGAUGGUUCUUGCAACAAUCCGCGCCAACCCACGUGGGGCCAGAGUAACACUCCAGUCCAGAGAAUCCUGCCAGCCCGCUACGACGAUGGCGUGCUCAGCCCGCGCUCGCGCUCCACGGACGGCUCGCCGCUGCCCAACCCGCGCGUGAUCGCCAGCAACAUACUGGUGGACGUCGACAACCCCGACCAGCAGUUCACCUCCUCCGUCAUGCAGUGGGCGCAGUUCCUGGACCACGAUUUCGCGCACAUUCCCUUCCCUGUUAUGGGGAACGGCGAAGGCAUCGAGUGCUGCCCCGAGGGCCGCGAGGCGCAGGGCGACAACCGCCACCCGAUGUGCAUGCCGAUCAACACUGCCGACGACCGCUUCCUGGCGCCGCGGGGCAGCUCCUGCAUGAACUUCGUGAGAAGCAUGUUCUCUCUCGAAACCUCUUGCAAUUUCGGCCAUGCUGAACAGCUCAACCAGCUCACGCACUGGAUCGACGGCUCCAACGUGUACGGCUCGACGCUGGAGGAGCAGCGGGCGCUGCGCACGGGCCAGGGCGGCCUCCUCAAGACGUCGGGCAAUAACAUGCUGCCAAUCAACCCCGACCAAGGCGGCGACUGCUCGGCCGGCGACCGGGGCGCCCUGUGUCUGCAGGCGGGCGACUCGCGCGUGAACGAGCAGCCGGGCCUGACGGCCAUCCACACCCUGUGGCUGCGAGAGCACAACCGCGUGGCCCGCGCGCUGCAACAGCUCAACCCAUCGUGGCCGGACGAGGCCGUGUUCCAGCAGGCGCGCAGGAUCGUCGUCGCCGAAAUGCAGCACAUCACGUACAACGAGUGGCUGCCCAUCAUCGUCGGGCCCAACUUCAUGCGCGCGUUCGGCAUCAACGUCAAGAACACUGGCUUCAGCUUCGACUACAACCCCAACAUAAACGCCAACAUGAACAACGAAUUUUCUACCGCUGCCUUCCGCUUCGGACAUACGUUGGUACAAGGGACGCUGAGAUUGUUCUCUGGAGACGGGUCUGUGAGCACUAUUCAGCUGCGUGACCACUUCAACUCGCCCCACCUGAUAUCCCGACCCGGCAUGCUGGAUCCCAUUGUGAGGAGCUUCACGCAACUCGCCAUACAGAAAUUCGAUCCAUUCAUCACUCAGGACCUUACCAAUCACUUAUUCCAAACUCCCCGCUUCAACUUCGGAAUGGACCUCAUGAGCCUAAACAUCCAGCGCGGCCGCGACCACGCCAUCGCCACGUACAAUGACAUGCGCGCGAUCUGCGGCCUCCCCCGGGCAACAGACUUCCAGGGUAUAACGGAUCAGAUCCCAACGGCGAUUGCGCAAAAUCUUGCGCGGGUUUACAAGAGUGUGGAUGACAUCGACUUCUUCGUGGGCGGCAUCUCCGAGCGGCCUGUGUCAGGCGGCCUCUUGGGCUGGACGUUCCUGUGCGUGGUGGGCGAUCAGUUCGCUAGACUGAAGAAGGGAGACCGAUUCUUCUACGACCUAGGAGGCCAGCCGGGCUCUUUCUCUGAAGCUCAACUUCAGGAGAUUCGUCGUAGUUCUUGGGCAAGAAUCAUCUGUGAUAACUCAGACAACAUCCAGGCCGUCCAGCCGCUCGCUUUCAUGCUCACCAACACGCGCUUCAACCAGCCCAUCGCUUGCAACAGCCCCGUUAUCCCUCGGCCAAACCUCGAGGCCUGGAGGGGGGAGGUGCCUUAGACGCCGUGUCCCUACUCGAGUCGAGGAGGAAAGCCAGGCGAAGACUGUCCGAAAAAGAUAGGGACGCAGGAGAGGCUUCUUUUCUCAUUGGGUAUUUUGAAGAUUACAAGAAGAACUAUGAUAAGGAAUGUCAAUGAGCAGUUGCAGACCAUAUGUCAUUACAUUGUCUAAACUUGAACGUCAAAUGCUUAUUACGUUGGUUGUAUUUUUUGUGAAAGUUGCAUAUAAAGAUUAUUGAGUGUGCACAAAAUAUUUUGUUCACUUGUUCUCAGAAAUAAUUGAAAUUUUCAUGCA